AGCUAUUUUUCUCCCAUUUCCAGCCUUUUUUUUACCGAAAAUCCCAGCUGGGCAUCGAGUGAAUAGUUACAAUCCGACACCACAGUGAAAAAAGUUCCGAUCUUUGGCGUUUCUUACUGCUUUUGGAGGGGACGAAAAAGGGAAGGUGUAUCGCUCUAGCCUCUAUGUAGGAACAAAGGAUGAGAGCUUUAUCCAUUUCCAUCUAGCUAAGGUAGCUACUUAGUUUUACCCCUGAACCUUCUCCUGUUUAUCUCGUGCGCAACUCUCUCUCGGUGUAUAAAAGGAGACACCAUACACAUUCUUCGUCGGCAGUUCAAUUUCUCUCGAAAUGGGGCAUCUUUCUGCAAUGUUCAAGCUUGCAAGGUCUCUAUCUAUGAAGAAAAGCAAGAACUUUUGUGGGGAUGGAGAUAAUGUUGGUGGUGGUGGUGGUGGUGGUAGAGAAGCAGCUAAGGCAAUGGAGAAAGAAGCAAAGAAGAAUGAGUUGAUUUUGAGAUCUUCUGGCUAUAUGAAUGUUGCUGGUCCGAAUAACUUGGCAUCGUUGUUCUCGAAGAGGGGAGAGAAGGGUGUGAAUCAGGAUUGCUUCAUCGUUUGGGAGGAAUUCGGUUGCCAAGAGGACAUGACAUUCUGCGGGAUAUUCGACGGGCAUGGAUCAUGGGGACAUUUUGUGGCCAAGAAAGUGAGGGAAUCACUGCCAUCACACCUGCUUUGCACCUGGCAAGAAGCCUUGGCUGCUGCUGAGUCCUCUUCAGACGAUUAUCUUCUCGACGAAAUCGACUUGGGAUCGGAUAAAAAUCUCCAGAGAUUCAACAUGUGGAAGCAUUGUUACCUAAGGGCAUGUGCUGCUGUGGAUCACGAGCUGGAGCAGCAUCGCAAGAUUGAUUCCUUUUACAGUGGCACCACUGCCUUGACCAUCGUCAGACAGGCAAAGUUGCUUUAUGUAGCAAAUGUUGGAGAUUCAAGAGCUGUUUUGGCCACAACAUCAGAAGAUGGAAACUUGAUGCCUGUUCAGCUAACCGUAGACUUCAAGCCCAGCCUACCUCAAGAGGCAAAGAGGAUAGUGGAAUGCAAAGGCAGAGUGUUCUGCCUCGACGACGAGCCAGGGGUUCAAAGGGUAUGGCUGCCGGACGAGGAAUCGCCAGGGCUAGCAAUGUCUCGAGCUUUCGGAGACCACUGCAUCAAAGAUUUCGGUCUAAUCUCUGUGCCCGAAGUGACGCAGAGACGCAUUUCUGGUAAAGAUCAGUUCGUGAUCAUGGCGACGGAUGGAGUGUGGGACGUGGUGUCGAACCAGGAAGCCGUGCAGAUCGUAUCGGCAGUGGCGGACCGGUCGAAGGCGGCCAAGUGUCUGGUGAAGGCGGCGAUGAAGGCUUGGAGGCGGCGAAGGAGAGGGAUUGCCAUGGAUGACAUCUCUGCUGUGUGCUUGUUCUUGCAUUCUCCCCCGCCACCUGCUUUUGCCACGAACAUGGGUUGAGAAAAGUGGAAGGGGCGCUUUUGUUUUGUUCUGUUUGUAAAUGGGCCACAAAAUGGUGGUCGUUGCUUUCCCCGGUUCUCUUUUGAGCAAACUAGAGUUAUUAUGCAAGUGACUUUUUUUUUCUUUCCAUAUUAGGAUUAGGGUUCCUGUUAAUAGCUCCUCUAACCCGGGAAUGGAUAGGUCAGUAACCUUAUGGUGAGUAACCAUGAGUAACCUGUCCACAUCAGCAUGACAUCAGCAUCCUCUCUCUCAUGAAAAGCCU